UUCGUCCGAAAUGUUGUUGUCUGCAUAGCUAAGAAAAAGUAUCUUUCGACAAGUCUUAAAUUUGUUCAUUUUCAAAGACAUCGGCAAGUUGCCAUCGGCAAGUUGCCGUCGGCAAAUGAAGGGUGCUAAAGGUUUAUAUUUUGGCGCGAACAACGCCGUCCUCGCCCCAGUCUCUUUCGUCCACCGACGCCGCGCGUUUUUCUUUGGACUUGUUUACGUUCGUGUUCCUCGGUAUUCACUCGUUCCAUCAUGUCUCUGUCGAAAGUUCAAGUGAUUUCAGAACCGUUCAAAUUUGCAUACUACUUUGGCCCAGAGAGGCAAAGUCGGCGUUACGAGGCGCGAGCCGUCGACCAGACGAUGAGCUACGAAAGCAUGGCGAGAUCUAUAUUGAAUCGAGGAAUAGGCGAUGCCACAGACGUGAUUUUCGUUAAAGACAUGGCUUAUUACUUGAAAGGGCGACUUGGAAUGUUAGAAGAAUGGUUUCAUGACGCGAAACAUUCAUUCCUCAUUCGAGACCCAAACAAAGCAAUCCUCUCGCAGUAUCGAGUGAGUGAAAACCCAGCAAUCCAAUCUUCUGGUUGGGAUUACUUCGAGCCUGAUGAAGCUGGCUAUCAGGAGCUGCACGAGAUGUAUGAAUAUGUGAAAAAAAAUAUCGAUCCCGACCCUGUAGUUGUCGAUGCAGAUGACCUUCUCAGCUCACCCAAGCAGGUGAUGAAGGCUUACUGUGAGGGUGUUGGCAUUCAAUACGAAGAUCACAUGACCUCUUGGAAGGCAGGUGAAGUUCCCGCAGCCUGGACUUGGGAUGAAAUGUGUGUUGCUUGGUAUUCUACCGCCGUCAACAGCAGUGGUUUCGUCAAAGAGGUCGACAGGCAUGAGAGCUCAUCCACUGAACUGUGUGUGACAUACCCAGCCAAUGUCGUGAAAGCGAUUGAGGACAGCCGGCCAUUUUACGAAAAACUGCAUUCUAACAGAGUUAGUCUGGAGUAUUAAACGGUGGUAUUUAUAAUUUUAAAACAGAAGUGUUGUGACUCUCGUGAGCUUGUUAUUCUAGUUGUCGUCAUUGUUGUCUCUGUUGUUCAUUCUACUGUUCUCUUAACGGUAUCAAGCCAUGCGAAAGCUGCUACCUAAUGCAUGUGUCAACGAAAACCGCGACCUCCCUCUCCCACAAGGUGGGUAGUUGGAAAAAGGUUUGCUCAAAUUAACAAAUAAAGAAGCCUAAGCCGUGUAUUACACUGUGAUAAAACACGAUGGGCACUUGCAUGACGAGAUUCAUGCGAUUCUGAAAUUCGCAGCAGGGUAUGGUUUCUAAUUUCCGGUGAGUUGUGUUACGAGAUCGAAAAAUCUGUCAUCGCCGUGUACUUUGCGGUAAUCGACCUGUCACGCAUCUCACCGCAAGAGUAUGAGAAGACCAGACAGGAAAUAGUCAUGCAGUGCGAAUGGUUAAUUAUUAUGACAGCGAUAAUAGCAUUAUGACAGCGAUGAUUAUUAUGACAGCGAUAAUAGCAUUCAAGAUUGAGACCAUCCAGAACGUGCAGACCGUGCAGACUGAGUACUUUUUUUCUAAUACUUGACUCACUUUUUUCGCUUCUAGUGACAAAAUAGUGUUCAAUAUGUCCUAAUGUUUGUUAUUUAUCCACAAGCGGCACAAACUUUACAUCUGACUGUUGAUUCACGUGUUUAAUAGACUUUCUAUGGGAAAUUCCCUUUACUGGUCCUAAAUAUACUAAAACCAAGCAUAAAAAUAAACUUACAUACAUUCUGGGCGCAAAUAUUGUGUCAAUUUUUGACCGGUUUGUGGUUUUAUUUAUUGUCUAGUUUGUUGUUGUUGUUGUGUUUUUUUUUUGUUUUUUUUUUUCGAUUUUCUUAGUGUUCGUUCUCCUCUUAACUGAUUCAUAAAACCGACAAAGCAAGGACGGUGACUCUAAGCGACCUUGUCCUACAAAUCGCUUUUGCUCCACAAAGUACAGAAUCGUCAUUAGACUAGGGGCAUUCCCUCUUUCGCUUAGUUGAGCGUGACCGUAAGGAAACCUCGAGGCAAAAAAUGCUCACAUGAAUUUUUUUCCUCGAGGUAUCCCGUAUGCGUCACGCACGAUGGACUAAGUGAAAGAGGGACUACUCAACUCGUAGUCUAAAUCGCCAUGCACAAAAACACAACUGCCAUAAGGACAGAUAUAUUAACUAUCGCAUCGACUCAUCACGACAACCGUACUGCGCUAAGAAUUUCAAAUGAUAUUGGGUUUUCUGUGGUCUUAUCAUGCGCUAGGUUUUUUCGCGUGAUCGCAGUCACACUCCAAGAGCCAUUUGGAAUUACAUUUUGUAUACCAAGAGUACAAAAUAAGCAUGUUACGUGUGAAAUUAUAAUACAAGAUACAAGUGAAGUAUAUUUCUACAUUUUAAAAUAGCUUUACGUAAGCCUAUUUAGGGCUAAAGGGAGUUCCCUUGCAAAAUCUCUAAACAUCAACAGUCACAUACCACCGAGUUUGCGUGGCCUGUGGAUAACAAACACUCUGAUAUAUAAUUGAACAGAACCAAAAAAUAUGCCAGUCAAAAGCAAAUGCAAAAACAAGAAUAAGAAAAAAAAGUACUCAGUCUUCAGUCU